CAACUGACAAUUUUAUCAUACAUGUACUAAAAUAGACAUAACUUCAAGGUGACGGUUGCUCUUAUGUUAAAAGACGAUGUUGAUGCUUAUCAUAUUUCUCUUCAGCUUUGGAAACCGAGCAGAAAGUGUUUCGAUGAAUGAAGAUGAUUUCCUGUCCCUACUGAUAACGGACUACAAUAAAAUGGUUCGCCCCUCAAACAAGGAACAACCCAUUACUAACGUCAACCACAGUCUAGCAAUACAAAGGAUAGUGAAAUUUAACUCACAUGAGCUGAUAGUUGAUGCAUGGAUGCCAACAACUUGGACAGAUACUCGACUCAGUGCAGCAGCAGACAGAUUCCGGGACGAUUUCAGCCAUAUUUCUAUUCCGCAGUCUGCAGUAUGGUUACCCGAUAUUACUCUUUAUCAGCGACCAAAGACACACCUUGACUACGAACCAAAUGUGUUGUUGUAUGGCGGUGGUCGAAUGGUGUACGUUCCAUCAUCUCGGAUUUGGACGGACGAUUGUAAAGAUGUAGGUAAUGGUAUUACCGAAUGCUCCUUCCAGUUUGGUCCAUGGAGUUAUGACACUGAUGACGUAAACCUAAUGUCGGAUGGAAUUUCAAUGCAUGAAUUUCGUGAACACUCAGAGUUUGAGAUUGUUGAAUCAAAAGCAGUUCGAAAGGACUACAAAGGACCAUGCUGUGACGGAUAUUGGGCUUGUAUCAAGUACACCCUGUCUAUAAGACUCAUAUGA